AAACCCCACCAAACUUUUACAAGAUUCAGCAGCAGAGCCUUCACACCCACUCCUCAACUUGACAUGCCCUCAAAUCUUCGGUGAUAAUGUCCAAACAAUACCUCACAACGCACACAAUAGACGAUGCUCACAUCACCGAUAUCUUCUCCCUCGCUGUGACACGCACUCAGAUCCUCUCCGUAUCUGGCGCGUCAUCAAUCAAAGUACACUCCACCACCUCCCCCGAUAUCCCUCUCAUGCAAACCCUUUCCGGCGCACACAGGCUCGGCUGCCAUCACAUCGUAACCUCCCGCAACGGACGAAUAGCAGCCAGCGCAGGUUUCGGCGGCGAGGUGAAGAUAUGGAGCAUUUCUGAAUCUGGAGAAUGGGCGGGAGAAGGCAAAAUUGAGGACGGCAACAAGGCGGGAGAGAUAUGGGCCGUUGCGCUGAGCGAGGAUGGACAGUUCUUGGCGAGCACUACGUAUGAUGGGCGGAUAAAUGUGUGGGAUCUCGUUGCUGGACGGAAGAAGAUUAGAGAAUAUGAGACGAAAGGGAGCUUUGGGAUGUGUAUUGAUAUGAGCCGGGAUGGGAGAUUUACGGCCAGUGGGCAUGAGAAUGGUGGGGUUUAUGUGUUUAAUAAUGAUACGGGCAGGAUGUUGUAUUCGUUGCCAGGUUUGGUGAAGCCAGUACGGGCGGUUGCGUUCUCACCUGCUGGUACUCGUCUCGCUGCUGCAGGAGACGCGAGGGUUAUUGCUCUGUACGAUGUCCAGCACGGGGAGCAAGUUGCAAAUCUCACAGGCCACUCAGCAUGGAUCUUUUCGGUAGACUGGAGUGAUACUGGCGAGUAUCUUCUCAGUGGGUCUUUUGAUGGCAAGUGCAAAGUGUGGUCUAUUGACAGAAGGGCAUGUGUGGCGACCCACAGCGAAACGGACAAGACUCUAUGGUGUGUCAAGUGGUUGCCAAAGACUGGGAAGAGUGAAGCCUUUGCUACUGCUGGUGCAAACCGAAGUAUCUCUUUCUACCGAGAGGCAUCCGGUGGUUAGAAGAAGAAUGUUGUUGGGGAUUUGCAUCAACGCUGCUGGCUCAAAAACACCUCGCAAGCUCUAAGAGAGUUUUCAACAUCCAGCUAAGUGCUAUAGAAGCUCUUCUCAGCUAGCAGAUACAUCGGACGAACUUUCUCAGAUAUUUGGAGGAGCUCCACGUGAUACGAAUAAGGUUAGACAGGGAUACCGGUACCUUACGGUUCCUAGCUAAGCCGCAUUCGGAAAUCGAGGUAAGGGGGGGCUGU